AUGGCGACUGUCUCUUGUGUGACUGCCGGAUGUACGCCUCCUUGCAGACGUCAACAGACGUUUUAUGCUUGCAAAAACAGAGCUCUGAAAAACGUCAACUACACAACGAAAACUGUCGGUUCAAGAGUCAUCUGCGGAAGAGACUGCAGCGCAGAUCAGAAGUGCAGAUCUUUUAACUUCUACAAGGAUAAUUCCUUGUGUGAACUCAACAGGGCCACGAGAUAUGAGCACCCAGAUGCAUUCCUUGAACAUGAAGGCAGUGAGUACUUUGGCCCACGUGAAUGCACGGCAAUGCUCCCAUGUCCUCAAUUCCGACGAAAUUGCCAAACUCUUACUAAGGCGGGCUUCAACUCCAGCGGUGUUUAUACGAUCUACCCAGAUGGCUGGUGCGAUGGUUUACAGGUCUACUGCGACAUGGAAACUGACGGCGGGGGAUGGAUCGUCUUUCAGAGGCGACAAGAUGGCAGUGUGGACUUCUACCUUAACUGGGCCGAGUACCAGUCUGGCUUUGGCGAUCUGUCCGGUGAGUUCUGGCUCGGAAAUGACAACUUGGCCAAACUUACCGCUGACGGUUGUCAGGGAAAGUGGGAGCUACGGGUUGAUCUGGAGGACUGGAAUGGAAGCACGGCUUGGGCUAAGUACGGAGACUUCAAAAUCUCCGGAGACAACUUCACCCUUCAUAUUGACCAAUAUGACGACAGCAGCACUGCAGGGAACGCAAUGAGAUACCACGACGGAUGGCCGUUUACGACAAAGGACAACGACAAUGAUGGGAGAUCGGGACGAAACUGUGCCAACGAUCGUGAUGGGGCGUGGUGGUUUGAUGACUGUGAUGUGGCUCACUUGAAUGGCGUGUAUGUCCCUGGUGGAAAUACUGGCACCGAGGUUGACGGUAUUUUGUGGGACAAGUGGAGAGGCGAGUCGCAUUCCCUUAAAGCCUGCAGCAUGAAAAUGCGUCUGGUGAUCAAACCGUAA